GUUGUUCGGGGUGAAUGGAGAAUUUACCAUUCGCACAAAAUCACAAUCGCUUUAAGGUAAACAAAUAAAUGUGAUAAAGUGGUAAACAUUGCAUUAUUCAAAUGGAUUCAUCGCGGAAAACAAUUAUGUGGGUGUCAAAGUAUGAGCAAAUGCUCUUUGAUAUGUGGGAGGAAAACAUUGGGAUAUUAAACGGCUCGGAACUAAAGAGUCCAACAUUUGUAGAAUUCGCUCUAAGGCUGCAAGGAGCUGGCUUUAAUGUAGACUGGAAAAAAGUUAGAUCAAAGAUGGAUAACUUGACCAAGCGCUACAAGUACAGCAGUGGUGCGUGAAUUGCGAAAACCUGAUGGAAAACGAACCCACUGGAGGCAUUUUAAAAGACUUCAUAGAAUCCUGGGACCCAGAAUGUCGAGAAAAAAGUUGCUGAGCAGUACACCUUUUUUAAAAGUCGAUGAACAGGUUAAUAGUGAUGCAAAUGAAAGUGAUGAACUAUUAGCGGAAAAUUUUGACGCCCUUAUAGAAGAGCCGUUGGAUCACUCCUAUUAUACGCAGUUCCAAGAGGAACACGUGGAAGAAAAUGAGAAUUAUUCCACAAACGAAUCGGUACCAACAAUGAAAUUAGAAAAACGUAUUGCUGACCCAGUAAUGACGCCCUUUGAAUCGGCCAUGAUUGAGGUUGUCAAGCAACGCACCAAUGACUUAAAUCAAGCGGCUGCAGAGCGUCUGGAAGUCCUCAAUCGUCACUUGAGCAGCACCAUAGAGUUUCAAAAUAAGGUUUUGAACAUGUUGUCAAAUUAGACAAAGAACUAUAUAAGUAUAAUGAAAUAUGUUAAGUAAAACACAGUUUUUUUAUUUGUUGAUGGAAUAGCUGCGCGUUCAAAAAUAUGAUCGCAUUUGAAAUAGCGUUUAUUAUAAUUUGAUUUUCGUUCAAUUAAUUGAAAAUCCUAAUCAGAUAAAAGCGCUUUUGACUAACAAUUUAAAAGUAACAAAUUACGUACAUAAAUGUAAUACUUAGAUUAAGAGAACUUAUGCAAAGACGUUUUGUUCUAUUCAACAACAAAAAAAGAGUCACUAUUUACACAGGCUUAGGAUCUAGAAUUAAUAAUUACUGAAAAGAUUCAUUCUCUUGUAUUUUCCAUAGUUAUGCGUAUUCCUCGGUUCAAUCAAUUUACUAUUUCUUUUAUCUUUUCCAUCUAUUAUGUAUAUUGUUUAGUAGUAGUAUUGUAUGG